UCUCUGUACAAGGCGACACCACAGGUAUUGGAUAAGCAACCAGUUCAACACACUUCACCUCCAUUCUCUUCUUCCCUAAACUCAAAACCCUAAUCUCUUUCUCUCUCUGUUCCACUGCGUCUUCUCGUGGUGAAACCAAACCAAUGGAUUUGGUAGCACCCCACGAACAAUUUUGCUCAAUUCACCACUUCCACACAGAAACCACAACGUGUAGCUUCAGAGCCAGGGUUUCAUGCCCUUUCAUUGUAUCUUCUGACAGUGUUUGUCACUUCACAAAACUGAACAAGAAGAAGGCUUCUAGUUCUAGGUCUAGGUCUAGCAAGCAUUUGGGCAAUCGCGUAUUCGCCAUUUCCAGGUCUGAAACCUCUGGUUUGAAUGGCAAAUUGCAACACUUCGGUAGAACCCCAAAUAGGGAUUUCAAUGGCAUAGAGUUUUCUCCCAAUGGGGGGGUUAACGGUUCCGAUAAUUUCGAGGAUUCUGAGAGUAACAAUCAUCUCCGGAGACUGGUUAGAAAUGGGGAGUUGGAGGAAGGGUUUAGGCUUUUGCAGCGGAUGACUUACCAAGGCGAUAUACCGGAUGUUAUUGCUUGUACUUGCCUGAUUCGUAAUUUUUGCAGGACCGGGAGGACUAAGAAGGCGGCGCGAGUCAUGGAGAUUCUGGAGGAUUCUGGUGCUGUUCCUGAUGUUAUUACCUACAAUGUGCUGAUUGGGGGGUACUGUAAAUCAGGGGAGAUUGGUAGGGCUUUGCAGAUGUUGGAACGAAUGAGUGUUGCGCCGGAUGUUGUUACAUAUAACACGAUAUUGCGAAGUUUGUGUGAUAGUGGGAAGUUGAAGCAAGCAAUGGAGGUUCUUGAGAGGCAGCUGCAGAGAGACUGUUAUCCUGAUGUGAUUACUUACACUAUAUUGAUUGAAGCGACUUGUAAAGAAAGUGGGGUUGGUCAGGCGAUGAAGUUGUUGGAUGAGAUGAGGAUCAAAGGAUGUAAACCUGAUGUGGUUACUUAUAAUGUUCUUAUCAAUGGUAUUUGCAAGGAAGGUAGGUUGGAUGAGGCGAUUAAGUUUUUGAACAACAUGCCAUCCUAUGGUUGUCAACCGAAUGUGAUUACCCAUAAUAUUAUUUUGCGAAGCUUAUGUAGUACUGGAAGAUGGAUGGAUGCUGAGAAGCUGCUAGCUGACAUGGUUGGAAAGGGAUGUGCCCCUAGUGUUGUUACUUUCAAUAUCUUGAUUAACUUCCUGUGCCGGAAAGGGUUACUAGGAAGAGCCAUUGAUAUAUUGGAGAAGAUGCCAAAUCAUGGUUGUACUCCAAAUUCCUUAAGUUACAAUCCAUUGCUUCAUGGGUUUUGUCAAGAAAAAAAGAUGGAUAGAGCAAUUGAGUAUUUGGAAAUAAUGGCAUCUAGGGGUUGUUACCCGGAUAUAGUGACAUAUAAUACUUUGCUUACAGCGCUAUGCAAGGACGGGAAGGUGGAUGUUGCUGUUGAGAUACUGAAUCAACUAAGCAGCAAGGGGUGCUCUCCUGUUUUGAUUACUUACAAUACUGUUAUUGAUGGGCUUUCUAAGGUGGGAAAGACAGAGGCUGCUGUGGAACUCUUGGAAGAGAUGUGCAGAAAGGGUCUUAAACCUGACAUAAUUACAUACUCUUCACUGCUUGGUGGGCUUAGUCGCGAAGGAAAGGUUGAUGAAGCCAUCAAAAUUUUCCAUGACUUGGAAAGAUUAGGUAUUAGGCCCAAUGCCGUGGCUUACAAUGCAAUCAUGUUGGGACUCUGCAAGGCUCAGCAAACGAGUCGCGCUAUUGAUUUUCUGGAAUAUAUGAUAGGAAAAGGAUGCAAACCUACUGAAGCUACAUAUACCAUUCUAAUAGAAGGCAUUGCUUUUGAAGGAUUAGCUGAGGAAGCUUUGGAGUUAUUAAAUGAGUUGUGCUUAAGAGGAUUUGUGAAGAAAAGUUCAGCUGAUAGGGUAGCAGUCAAGAUGUAGGACAAAAUGCAUUUUUACAUGGUACUCCUCCUAGAUAGACAUGUUAUAAUUUUGAGCACUUAGAUUUUGUUAGACUGCAAUGUUAGCGACUUCAUGGUCUGAAUUUUGGAUUAUUGUUUUGAGCGGAGAGAGGUCAUUGUGAAAUGCAUGUCAAUCUUUGAGUCAGAUAUUUUUAUCCUACAUUAUAUUUUAUACUGCUUGGGCCUUCCGUGGAGAUUGUUUGUGAGUCUCAACUUGUAAGAUAUUUAAAGGAUGACAGUUGCUUGAUUGGAAAUAGGGAUACAUUAAUUUCAAAAGGCAAUUUCAGACACCUCAUUAUUUUGUUUAGAGCAA